AUGCAGCUCAAUGGUAAAGUCGCUGUUGUCACUGGUGGAUCGCGAGGCAUAGGCAAAGCUACGGCUACUGAGUUUGUGAAAAGAGGCGUCAAAGUCGUUAUAGGCGACGUGCUUGACACGGAAGGUGAAGCUACUGUUAGAGAGCUGAACGAAAGCAGUGCAGGCGAACGCGUCGCCGUAUACAAACACGCUAAUGUGGCUGUCUAUCAGGAUAAUAUUGACUUGUUCCAGGCAGCUGAAGAUGCGUUUGGCGCUGUGGAUAUCGCCAUUUUAAACGCUGGUGUUGGCAAAGAUUGCAAUGUCAUUUUCGGACCGCUUGAUGACAAAAGAGACGAUCACCUCUUCCAAGUCGAUGUGUUUGGCGGGCCUUUAUCUCGGAACACAUCUUUGGACGUGCAGAUCUUUGAUACUCAUGGUUUUCCAUCAAGAACUAAAGUCGCCGUUCUUCAUAUGGCAAAGCAUGGAAAAGGAGGAUGCAUUGUGGCCACAGCAUCGACAUGUAGUUUCCAGACACCACCAGCAAUGGGAACGUACAACGCAGCCAAACAUGCUGUUGCAGGAUGGGUACGAACUUUGGACUGGAUGCCCCAAGUUUGUGGAGUGCGAGUAAAUGCAGUUUGCCCUGCAUGGGUUGACACCGAUCUGUUGACAGACUUUGGAAAACGCGGGGUGGAACCUUAUUGGGAGGUGGCCGAUGCAUUACCGCGUGCAAAGAUGGAGACUGUCGUAGAGGGUUUCCUAAGAUUGAUCCAGGAUGACUCUAAAUCGGGAAGUACAUUACUUGUCCUUCCCAAAGGUCUUGAGGAAUGUCCUAGACCACCUGUCUUUGAAUCCUCGGUCAAUGAUGCAACCAACCGCGCCUUGGAUAAGUAUCAGUACACCAUGGUGGAUCGAUACAAACAGGAAUUAAAAGAAGCGUUGGAACGAUACAAGUAA